CAAAAUCACAGCAGACAAAAUAAUACGUGAUAAAAAAAGACUAACACGAAAGUCAAUUAAAUAUAUACACCAUGACGUUUUUGCAAACACUUCCAUCCAUUGAACGUUUUGCAAUCCGGGAGGAAUGAUCAUAUUUAGUUAUCUGCGUGCCGAGAUAAAACUUACACACAUUAUUUAACUGCAGACCACUUUAUAAAUUCGUACAUUACGAGCUGAGUUACAAUAAGUCUUCUGAUCUAACUGAAAUAAUAUCAAGUUUAAUUAACUAACAGUAAAUAAGCUGAUCUCUAAUAUUUUAAUUUAGAAAAUUCUGCAUACUUUCACAAUGUCCACCACUCCUCUCACCCGAGGCGACUCCUCCCAAUCUUCCACAUAUUCUACUACCUCCUCUAAAAGUUCUCGUAAAAAGAAAUGUUAUCACCAUCGUGUCACGAUUGACGAAGACUUGCACAAGUGUUCUAUCCAGUGUGUCGAUAAAUACCCAAUCCAUCAUGCCGCACGAUUCGGCAACUUUCGAAAAUUGAAAGAGCUGUUAGAUGACCCGAAUUGUUCGAAAUGUCCGCUCGAGCCUGAUGAAUGUUUGGGAAGGACACCUCUUCAUUACGCCUGUGCAACAGGAAACGUUGAAAAAGGACUCAUUUGUGUAAAGCUUCUCCUGGAUUGCAACAAGAUCAAGACGCACACAAAUGCGGCAGAGCAUAUAAAACGUUAUGUGAAUCAUUUGGACAAAUUUGGCAAAUCACCGUUGCAUUUAGCCGCAAAGAAUGAAGCAACUGCAAUUGUCAUUGAGCUGUUAACAAAUCGUGCAAACUUUGACAUCUCCUCCUUAGAUGGCACCUGCGCCCUCAGGGAAAUCUACAAGUCUACUCCAAAUGCAAUGGAAGAGGCCUUAAACCAGUCUAUUGGCUAUAUUGAAACGUGUGGCAGAGUAACGCUUCCUUCCGACAACAUUUCCAUAGCACAAGAUGGAGAAUUGUUUGACUUUACGCGGACGUGUGUCAAUAUUUGUUUGGAUUUUUACCCUGUUAUCGGCUCCAAAAUGAAAAAAGAGGAAUGUGCCGCAUAUGAAGAGAGUAAACGUUGUCAUGGAGACGUUUCUAAAUGCAAGAGAACGCCAGAGACUGGAUUUUUAUUCACGGUGAAUCGCAAACGAAUGGAGGCGGGUCAACGGAGACAGAUCUUAACAAAUGCCCUCGUUCAAGCGUUUCUCUAUUUUAAAUGGCACAAAGUAAAGUGGUUUUGCUUUAUGGCGAUUGGAUUUCAUGCCAUCUGGUUGUCCCUCUACAUAUCGACCGUGAUCAACGUAUUUGUCCUCAAUUGUCCAUACGUUGUUCCCGUUUCCACAGGGGAAACAAGUACACCUCCAACAACAAACAUCCCGACCCCUUGUACUUCCUCCAUCCCACUCCAAUUCUCCGCCCUAAUCCUCCUCCUCAUGAGUUUUCUCGUUACGCUCAAGGAAUUUUUCCAACUGCUUCGGCUUCGUUCUCUGUACGUUCGAUUUGAAAACAUGGGACAGUGUUUGCUGCUGGGUUUCAUUUUUAUGACCGUCCCAGACAUUUAUUUUCAUGGGAUCAUUGGAUUUGGAAUUGGUUCUCUGGAAUACCAAAUUAGUGCGUUUGGAAUUUUUCUCGCAUGGACUCUAUUGUUGUGUCAACUCGCAAAAUUGCCACAAAUUUGUAUUCGGUUUAACUACUUCGGACGGAAAGGGAUGCUUAUUUUCCCUGAUCAUGGUAUAUACGUAGAGAUUCUGUCAAGGGUCUUCAAAAACUUUCUCAUCUUUAUCACCAUUUUCUCCAGUCUUUUAAUUUCGUUCGUCUUCUCCUUCAAUAUUUUGCUGCCAAAUUCCACCGGUUUCGUGAAUUUGCCAACGACUCUACUUAAAGUCCUUACAAUGAUGACAGGUGAAUUAAACUAUGACGAAAUCUUCCACUCUGAAUCAGAGCUGAUCUACCCGAUAAGCAGUCACGUCAUGUACGCGAUUUUUAUCAUGGUUGCAACCAUCAUCUUGUUCAACUUACUGAUUGGUUUCACCGUCAGCGAUAUCCAGGGUCUGCAAAAAGAUGCACAAAUUAACCAAAUUUCGAACAAACUGGAGCAAAUUUUUCUGAUGGAAUGUUUCCUAUUGUCCGGGAUGAUGCAGAGAUUCGUUCGAUUGUUUGGUAAAUUGGUUGCUAUGGACACGGGAAAAAUUUUUGAUCGGAUAAUGGUCGUGAAAAUGAAGAAUAGCAAUGUCCUCUGCUACCACACAACCAUCAAAGCACUCCCAUUCGCCCUCCGAGUAAAGUUACGCCACCAUGCUAGCAAAAAUUGUAUGGCGCUUAGCGAUAUUUCGGGGACAUACGCGCGACAAUUAUUUAGUAAAAACGUUGAGCACUGAAUUUUAUCUGUUAAAAAAUUUGCAAUAAAUUAUUUUGCCCUUGUGGAAAAACAGGAGCAAUAAAAUGAUAAAA